CAUCAUCGCCGUUGCGCGCCUUCAUUGCUGCAUGAUGCGCGUCAGCGUCGGAACGCCGAUUACACUCGAAAGGCGCGGCGUGCCUUGGCUCCUCGUUCGCCUCGCCGCUAACGAGCUCCCGAGACAUCCGCAGCCGGGGCUCGGCGCUCAUCGCUGUCUGACGUCAUCAGCAACGAGGCAGCAGUACGAGGGAGUGACGGGAAUGGGUGCUGGCAGCCUUUAUCGUUCCCACAGGAAAAUAGCCGUCGUCGCUUCGCAAUCAAUUCAGCGUCUAAGCCGGUCUUCGAAGGUGGUCCGACGGCAUCUGAAAGCAAAGCGUGCGUUGCUUACGUGCUACAAGUUCAGACCCCCGUGACGACGGGAUCGCAAUUUCCGCUCGCAGCUGCGAAUGGCGGAACGUCGCGAGAGCGGCGCGGUGCUGCCACCCGCGGCUGAGGCAGAGUCCGGAGGAUCGCAGCGAGCACCCGCCGACACGCGCGUGCUGCUCGAACCUUCCUCGCGGCCCUCCUCGCUGCCCCUCCCGCCGCUCGCGCAACCCGCGGAGACUCACGGCGACAGCCGCGCUGCCGCUGACGCCCGACGCAACUUCGACACGCUCGCGAGUGACCUCGAGCGUGCCGUUCGCACGACCGUCACCAGCGAGUCGCAGCUGCACGACGCCAUCGCCACGUGCCUGUUCGUCGCGAACGCGCUGUGCGACUGGCCGGAUUCGGACGAUCGCAGAGCGAGAGAGGAGUUUGGCUUCCGCGUCUUGCGCAGCAUGCCGGAAGAGGCGGAGUCGCUGCUGCUGCGAGACAGGUACUUCCUGAUGGAGAGCAGCAGCAGCAAGCGCCGCGCACCAUCAUCCCCCUGGAAGGGCUUCACGGGGCCGCAGGGCAGCUCACGUGUCUACGCCACUGUCGCCGUGCCGCCCGCCCUGAUUCCGCUACUGCCGUCACAGUUGCACUCCCCGUUUCGCACGCAGCUGGACGUGACCACCUGCAAGAUCGACCAAAAACACAAGAGACCACAGGCCGCCAUGCUCCCACUGCAACACCCCAGUCACGAGCACACACAGCAGCUGCAUGCCCUCAAGGCUCGCAGGUACUUCCUCCUCGUCGACCAGCCCCUGUCGCACCGACCACCACCCCCAGCACCCCUGCCCCGAUCGCUGUCAGAGGCACAGUCCCGGUCGCCAACAGUGCCCUCAGGACCGCAGCCCCACUCUCCACCGCCGUCCUCCUCCCCAACGCCAAAGGCGGUGUCUUCUCAGCCCACCCCUCGCUUCUGGCAGCCGCUGUCUCUUGUCCUCAUCUCCUCUACAGCCCCCUCCCAUGCCGUCACGCUCGAUGCCAAGCAGCUGUACUCAACGGCCAGAGCCUAUCUGUCAGGCAGAGCACGAGGUGAUGGCAGCGGGGAUGGCAGUGGGGAUGAUGAUGUGCAGGGCGUGUUGCGCGCUCUGCAAGGAUGUGGGGUGGCAUCAGCAGGGGAGCUGAGUGGUGUUGUGGACGAGAAGGGGUGGACCGCCAUGCACAUCGCUGCUCGCCAGGGAGACACAGAGGUGUCCCUGCAGCUGCAGGCCCUACUGCACAUGGGCAUGCCGGCAGGCGUGUGCAGCACGCUCAAUGCCACAACGCCAAUGCACCUGGCGGCAUAUGGCGGCCAUGUGGGGAGCAUGGAGCUGCUGGCCCAACAUGGGGCGGACAUGCGUGCUCGCACAGCUGGGGGAUGGACCCCUGUGCACAACGCUGCCAGCCAGCAGCAGUGGGGGGCGGUGAGAUGGUUGGCACAGCAGGGGGUGACGCCCGAAGAGCUGAAGACGCCAGGGGCCAACCCCAGGCCGGACAAGCUGCCCGCCCAUCUCAUGAAGACGGCGGUGGAGAAAGUGAAGGAGGAAGACGAUAAAAGAUGGGUGGAAGAGUUCCUUGCGGAGAGUGGUAUCAGUGCGGAUGUUAUGGCUGGAUGUAGCUAGGCGGUCAUGCAGAGAGGAGUGGAGAUAAUGAGGGAGGAGCAUGGAAGGAUACGAACUGUACAGAGUAUACAUACCCGACAAGGUAGUUUCCAGCCGACCUGUUUGAAACAAGCUCUAUGGUGUAGCAGCUGUCGUGAAGAAUAGUGGUGAGGUGAUGUGAUGUCUGUCUCAGAGUAGAAAGAUCGACUAGAAUGAUGAGGUACAAGGGAAUUUGACCUAAGGUGUUGUAUGUAUGUUUAUAUGUAGAAGUUAUAGGCUAGAUAGGCUUGUGUUCUUAGAGGGUACAUCUCCAACCCUAUAUCUCCCCUGUACUCUCUUGUUUUUAAUUCAUUUCUCGU